AUGUAUGAAUUUAGGGGGGGAAAUCCUAUUAGAAACACACUAUGGGAUAUAUACAUGGAACAGAAGAACAUGACACAUGUUCCACUAUCAAUUCUAAAUCAGUGCAAUCAGUAUACAAUGUCAGUGCAAUCAAAAUAUCGAGCGAGAAAAAGAAAGGAGAACAAAGAGGGCGAGAAGGUCCUCGCCUACCACGGCCCCCAACUCUACGAAGCCAAGGUGCAAAAAUCAGAGUCACGUAAGGAUGAAUGGAGAUAUUAUGUCCAUUAUCUUGGUUGGAGCAAGAACUGGGAUGAAUGGUUGGAGGCUGACCGUAUGUUGAAAUUCACCGAUGAAAAUGUUCGUAAACAAAAGGAGCUCAAAAAGCAGAGCACGGAGAAAAGUUCUAAAUCUGGGAGGUCAAUACAGAAUAAGCCAAAAAGCUCAAAUGAUGCAAAAUUGGACAAAGAGGAACAUAGGAACCUUGGGUCGAGGGGCAAAAAGAGAAAGGGUCAGUCUGGUCUUGAGGAGAAGGAAACGAGAUCACAAGACAAGCUUGCCAUAUUGCAGUUCCCUUUGACCCUUAAGAAGCAGCUAGUUGAUGAUUGGGAGUUUGUGACUCAGCUUGGUAAGCUUGUCAAGCUUCCUCGCUCACCAAAUGUUGAUGAUAUAUUAAAGAAGUACCUUGAUUAUCGGACCAAAAAGGAUGGCAUGGUUGCGGAAUCGGUAGCAGAGAUCCUAAAGGGUCUUCGUUGCUAUUUUGAUAAAGCAUUGAUGGCAAUGCUUUUGUAUAAGAAGGAACGUCAACAAUAUCACGAGGCAGUUGGAGAUAAGGUUUCCCCUUCGACAAUUUAUGGUGCUGAACAUCUUCUGCGCCUUUUUGUUAAGUUGCCAGAACUGCUAGCCUAUGUCAACAUGGAAGAGGAGGCGUUGGCCAAAUUACAGCAGAAGCUAUCAGAUUUCCUGAAGUUUCUGCAAAAAAAUCAGAGCACGUUCUUUCUUUCUACAUACGAUGGAGCCAAUAGCAUGGAUGAGGCAGACGAUUAAUUGAAGGAUUUGAGCCUUAUGUCUAGUUGGGGUAGAGUUCUUGCCCUCCUGUGUUGUUGUAAGUUUGAUUUUUCUGAUGAAUGGGAUUAAUAUUUGAUCUUUUGCAAUGAUACAGUAACUUUGGCAUUAUUAUUGACCUAAUAUCUUUACCGUUUUCUUGUGAACUCUUCAUGGGAGUUGUGAUGUUGUGUCACAUUGUAUCAUUUGCAUGCACACCCCCAUAUUAUUGUUAUGAAUGUCGUCUCUUUUUA